GCCUUGCACUUACCUUGCUUUGCAUUCUGAGGUCAUUCGAAUCACAUCACUUUCUUUGUUAUCAUUCGUAUCGCUUCCUCAUAAAUAAACAUCAAAGCAUUUGGAUUGAAAACAGUUUUCUUCCGGACUUCUUCGUCGCUAUUGUUAAUAUUACGUCAUCACCAAUCACUGACGUCGUAGUUGUAUCACCCAAACGUCACCAUUAAUCAUCUCGCCCCCUCCCCGAUGCCGGUGGUGUUUCUGCCCUUCCAGGGCGGCCAUACACCCAUUACCGCCGCGCCACAAUUGGUGUCAAUGAGCCAAAUGAUGCCUCAAACAUGCGGCCCUUUACCAAUUGGUACAACCAUGGCUACUAUUGCGGCUCCUCCGACAAUGUACGAGACGACGAUUGUAGGAACGAAGAGAAACAGCGAAGAUGUCUCACAUUUGAUGGCUGGAUCAAUAGAUAAUGGAGCAAAGAAGAUCAAGACAGACCCAGGUGCGGUAUCUAAGGUGGUCCAUCUUCGAAGCCUCCCCACAGACGUUACUGAUUCCGAAGUUAUACAACUUGGUUUGAACUAUGGAAGAGUUACCAAUGUUCUCAUGUUAAAGGGUAAGAACCAGGCCUUCCUUGAGAUGGAGGAUGAUGAAACAGCUCAACGUAUGGUGACAACCUGCAGUUUAUCUCCGCCUUCCAUCAGACAAAGAAUGGUUUAUGUUCAAUACUCAAAUCAUAAAGAACUAAAGACAGAUAGCUCUCCUAAUCAGUUGAAGGCACAAGCUGUGUUGCAAGCACUCCAACAAACAGAGGGUGGAACCAACCAUGUACUGAGGGUUGUUGUUGAAAAUAUGAUCUAUCCUGUCACACUGGAUGUUCUGCAUACAAUCUUCUCAAAAUUUGGUGUUGUAUUGAAGAUUAUCACAUUCACUAAGAAUAAUCAGUUUCAAGCAUUGAUACAAAUGGGAGAUGCAGUUCAGUCACAGACAGCGAAACUGUCUCUUGACGGCCAGAACAUCUAUAACUCCUGUUGUACAUUGAGAGUGGAGUACAGCAAGAUGGCGGCACUCAAUGUCAAAUACAACAACGAUAAAAGCAGAGAUUACACAAGAUCUGAUCUACCUUCAGGGGAAACACUCGACCCGUCUGCUGCUCUGCAAUCAGUUUUGGCUGGUGCUGAUAUGUAUUCAGGUACAUCAGCCUUAAUGCCGAACCCUUACUCACAAGUUCAAAACAAUAACUUUGCAGGACUGAACGCACAAACAUUAUCUGCAGCUCUGUCAUCAGGAACUGCUGCUCAGUAUCUACAAGGUGCUCUGGGAGCUCAAGAUCUCACCGGAGCCGCUUUUACCAAUGCAGCAAUAGCAGCUCAGCUUGCUGCUGUCACUGGACUCCAACAAAACACAGUCCUACAUGUGUCUAAUCUCAAUCAGGACAUGGUUACACCUCAAGUCCUCUUUAUACUGUUUGGUGUAUACGGGGAUUGUAUUCGUGUAAAAAUCUUGUAUCAGAAGAAAGACAGUGCUUUAGUGCAAAUGAACGAUGGCACACAGGCACAAUUAGCUCUGAGACACUUGAAUGGAGUGAAGCUCUUCGGAAAGCAGAUGCAUGUUGUCUUAUCGAAGCAUAGCCAAGUACAAAUGCCAAGGGAAGGACAAGAGGCCGCAAAUCUCACACAGGAUUAUACAAACUCCUCUCUUCAUCGGUUCAAGAAACCUGGUUCCAAGAAUUUUCAGAAUAUUUACCCUCCUUCACAAGUCCUUCAUUUGUCCAACAUUCCAGCUGACAUUACAGAAGAUUUCUUGAAGGAACAGUUUUCUAAAUACGGAACAGUAAAAGGAUUCAAGUUUUUCCAGAAAGAUCGUCGUAUGGCAUUGAUACAAUUGAUGUCAGUAGAAGAGGCUGUGGAAGCACUUGUGAAUCUCCACAAUUUCAAGUUGAGCGAUUCCAAUCAUUUGAGAGUUUCAUUUUCGAAAGCUCAAGUUUAGUCAUGUGACUAUAAACAAGCCUUCUGAUUGGCUGAUGUGUGAUUUUACUACGUUCCACUUAGUGGUUGACUUUUCUUGUUAGUAUUCUUUGAAGGGAGAAUUGGACUUCAUAAAGCUGUAUGUGUAGUGUUUCCACCUCAUUUAGAAAUCACGGUUUCUUGGUCGAAUCCCACUUUUAUCAUCAUGAUUGUCUUAUAAAAUUGUUAUGGAUGGAUCUGUAUGGUGCUCUGCGAUAUCCAGGGCUGGCCAAGAUCAGAAAAAAUAUUUGAUGGUUGGAUAUUUUUUUUACAAAAUUAACAGAAUAUUCAAAUAUUUUGUCUGUGCCAUUAGUUUACAGCCACGCAUCCAGGUCUGGCCAAGAUCAGAUCAGUUAUUAUUUGUUUCGAUAUUUUUAACAAAAUGAACAGUAUAUUCGAAUAUGAAUCUUACUGCUUUGCCAUUUUCAAUUAUCAGGUUUACUCAUAGAAUAUAAACCUAAAUUGUAUUGAAAUUAGAAAUUGAUUUUUGAAUGUUUACUGUCCCGUUGACUGAGUUCAAAACUUUCUCCCAAGAAUUAUGCAAAAAAUAUUUCAACUGGUUCGCUUAUGGAUAUUUGAAGCACUCGGCCUGUCCUAAUGAUAUGAUCAGAUCAAGUUGAGAUCUGAAGAGUGGUGGCAAGCUAAAAUUUAUUGCUCUGUACCAGAACUGUGAGUUCUGGGAAAUUUAAUAUUUACCCCGUUUCGGGUUGUAAAACAAAUUUUGAUGACCAAAGUGCCAUGCUGAGGAGAAUUCGAACCCCGACUCAAGAAUUGUAAAAAAUUUGUCUCAGACUUUGGCAUAUGCAAGUCUUGUUUAAUAGAAUGUAAAAAUCACUUAGUACAUACACUUAGAUAAAAUUUGACUGUUUUUUUUUUUAUUAAUCAUAAAUACUGACUUCAGUGAUAACAUGCCCAACUACGAACCAAACUCACAGUCAUGGCUUCAAUAAUCUUUGGUUAUGCUUCUUUCCUGAUGCGGCAUCAACAAUGUAGAUUUCAACCAUCUUUCCAUUUUACACAUCUGACCAGCCAUACUGCCAUUCCAGGCAUGACACAUUGCUUUUGUGAUAAAUGUGAUCGAAACUAUUAUAAUAUGUGGCAUCUGUAUUUCUGGGUGUAAAUUUACCCAAAUGCAUUCAUUCAUUCUAGAGAAUUUUCUCUUUCCAUCUUAUUUUUCAUGGCUUAGUCGUAAAAAAGCAUGAUAUUGGUGUAUAGUCACUUUUCUUGUUUUGUUUUUCUUUCCAUUGUGCUUUUUUCUUUAUUUUAGCAUCAUUAUUUUGCUACAUUCCUUAUAAUUAUUGGCAUUCCUCUUUGAUUUCAAGCCAAAAGGAUUUUUUUGUUGUUUUUUUAUUAUUUUUUUGUGUGAAUGGGGGUAUAUUUUGUGCCUGCUGAAGAUAUAUAGUGCACAAACGGUAUUAGCAAAAUAAAACAAAUUGUAGAAUUUUCGAACUUCUAUACGGCAAAAACAUAUCAUGUUCUGAUCAAGUUUUUCUCUUUUAUCUAGAAAUUUGGCAAACGCAAGUUACAUUGUUUUGCUAAUACAGACCUGCACCCUAUAUAUAAUAUCUCUAACAUUGGUUUAUUAUGUCUUGAUGACACAGAAGAAGGAAUUUCUGUAAAAAAUUAUCGACCAUUUCAAUUCCUAUAACAUUGCUUCCAAAAUGACUGUUGUCAGCUUUUACCAUGUUAUGAACACUCGAUUUUUGUUAUCACUUAUAAAGCAUAGCCUUAUCAACAUUAGAUUCAUCCCAUUUGUUGUGUGGAGUACUGAGGUGCCAUAAAAAUAAGAUGCCGUUGUUAGCCAUAUGAUUAAACCAUCUUAUCGGCUUUCCUCUCCUCUAGGUCGAAUAUUAAAUUCCUAUCUUUUGUCUUAUUCCACUUGUGAAACAAUUUUAGACCAUGGCAAAUGUAAAUGGCAUGGAAGAAUACAAUAUGUGAAUUUACAAAUCACUCUUGGAUUAAAAUACCAUUCCCUAACAAUUCGGGAUGAUACAUUCCUCACUGUCCUGAUUUGUAAAAAGUAGCCCAGAACAGCUUGUCAAGAGUCUUGUUAAGAGCUAAUCGGUGUGUUUAAACACUUUUUGUAAAAAUACAGCAAAUUGAUGUUAUUUUUAACAUUGUAUUUCACUGCAGCAUUUCGUAACCAAUGUAAAUCAUUUAUAUAUAUAUAUGAGCUGGUUGUGGACCAAAUUCUUGUUUGUAUGUUGUUAGAAAAAUACAAUAAUUACACUGGUAUCUCUGAGUAUGUAUAACCUAUUAGUUUUUAUUCAUCAUGACCCACUUGGCACGGCAAAAUUUUUACGUGACCCUCAUUAAUAAAAAUAAAAAAAAGUGAAGUUGAUAAUACCUUUAAUGAGACCGAUGUGCUUGUAUAUUCUCGCACAAGAGAUCGAAUCUUAGCUCCAUUUCGAUGAUGAUGUAUCUCCAUACUGGUUCCAAAUCUUUCAAAUUUGGUCAAUAUUUUGUUUUAACAUAAGUUAUUGUCAAAAAAUUUCUUACUGUUUCUUCGAUUGAGCCAUUUCGCAACCCACGUUGAGGGUUGCAGAAGACCCCCAAGUUUGAAGAGCCCUGACCUGAAGAAUUAGUUUUUAAACUUUCAUGAUCUGGGGCUCUUGUAAAAUAAACACAUUAUAUAUGUUAGUAAUAUGUGCUUGCUCGGAGCAAAACAGAUCUACUUUGGAUUCUUCAAGUUCUAACCAAAUAUAACUCAACUGGGCCAUAUGAAAAAACUAGAUUAUUCUAAACUGUAGAGUUUUCGAUCAUUUCAAACUUAAGCAGCUUUAUACAUGUUAAAAAGUGCUUCUCUAGGGUCCUGUUAGUGUGAAAUAUUGUGGUAACACCUCGGCUUCUUUUUACUGAGAAGUUUUGGUAGUCAGAUACUACUGUAAUUGUUGCAUUUUUCAAAUUUUUUUAUUGUGUCGUCAUAAACUGUAUAGCCUUCAGUAGUUUUUAUUUCGUUUUUAUUAUUUUUUCUAUUUCGUGAAAAAUUAUUAAUUGUAAGUAUCAUGCUACUCCCGUGUUGCCAAAUUGAGCAUGCUUAUUGAUGUUGAGAUUUUCUAAAUAUCACUCUGAAAUAUGGUUUAAAGAGGGUAUUUCUGGCAACACUAAACACUGAUGUGAGAUUUUUAUUGUACAUUCCAUAUUUUAUUCCAGUCCUAACUAUGAACGAAUCCACUCAAAGACUUUAAGAAACCGAUGCGAUAUGUUACGUCAUAGAUAGUGAUGUCAUACAUAGUGACGACUUAAUAUCAUGUGAAGACUCAAGCAACAUUAAGAUAUAUGAAUCUUAUUUAUCAUUCUUUGAGUAUUAAUUCGACAAUUUGUACCUGUAUAUCACCUUCGUAAAUAUCAUUUAGGGAAUCCCCCCUCCCGAUUCAAACUUGUCUGCAUGAGGCUGUCGUGAUUGUAAGCUUAUAGUGACGGAGUUGCCUGGUGAUUAACUACUGCUGUGAAAUAUUAUUUUUUUGAAUCUCAAUUAAAACUAGUGUCGGUACUGAU